GCGAUGACGUAGGCGUCGGUCACGCGCUGCCGUGGUGUUUACGCCUGUCGGUAGAGAGUGGCGCGAGCCAUGAUGCGCGGCAAGACCGUGAUCGUGACCGGGGCGAACAGCGGCAUCGGGAGGGCGACGGCGGCGGAGCUGCUGCGGCGGGAGGCGCGCGUGAUCAUGGCGUGCAGGAGCCGCGAGAGGGGCGAGAGCGCGGCGCAGGAGAUCCUCCAGCAGGCCGGCACCGGACACGGAGAGCUGCUGGUCAGGCUGCUGGACCUGGCGUGUUUGAGCUCCGUGCGCAGCUUCUGCGAGCAGAUUAACAAGGAGGAGCCGAGACUGGACGUGCUGAUCAACAACGCCGGGGUCUACCAGUGUCCCUACUCUAGAACCGAGGACGGCUUCGAGAUGCAGUUCGGUGUGAACCACCUGGGCCACUUCCUCCUCACACACCUGCUCCUGGACUUGCUGAAGCGCUCGGCUCCCAGCCGCGUCGUGGUCGUCUCCUCCAAACUCUACAAGCGAGGCGAGAUCGACUUCGACGACCUGAACAGCGAGCGCAGCUACGACGGGGCGGCGGCCUACAGCCGGAGCAAACUGGCCAACCUGCUGUUCACGCUGGAGCUCGGUCGGCGGCUGGAGGACACGGGGGUGACGGCGAACGCCCUGACGCCGGGCAUCGUCAGGACCAACCUGGGACGCCACGUCCACAUCCCCCUACUGGCCAAGCCGCUGGUCAGCCUGGCCUCGUGGGCGCUGCUCAGAUCGCCCGAGGAGGGAGCGAGGACUUCGGUGUAUCUGGCCUGCUCCCCAGACGUGGAAGGUGUUCAGGGGAAAUGUUUCGCUGACUGCCAGGAGAUGAAGCUGCUCCCUAAAGCCACGGAUGAGGAUGUGGCUAAAAAACUGUGGGACAUCAGCGAGGUCAUGGUGGGCAUCACGACCUAGAGCCGAAAUCACACGGUCACCAGACCCAGAAACCUCACGACAUUUCCUUUACCAUCAUCUGGAAUAGAACACAUGUGCGCAAAAAUAAAAAUAUGCAUAAAAAUCUAAAAAGUAUUAACAGAACAAAUGUAAAAUGUUCCCCUUCCCUAAACCAUGAGCUGAAAAAAAUGAAAGGAAUAAUUACAAUAACGGUUGAUGCACUAAAGCUGUUUUUUUUUUCCUGAAAUAAAAUUAGAGCCAAAAUUCUCUUCAGCCAAAAAAAGACACAUCAACUGUGUUUAAAAUCUGAUUACAAAUGAUUCAUCACUGGACUGACCGCCAAACAGCUGAUGUUAAACAGUUUCAGGAGAAUUCAUGUGAACAAUUCUUCCUUCCUUAAUCCAGAGAAUGUGCCAAAAAAAAAGGAGAAAAUAAUAAACAUUAAAGUGGUUUGUUUUUUUCCUGGACACUGAAUGUGGAUUUUCUGCAUGUAGUAACACUGUGAAGGAGUCAGACUUCAGUAUUAUAAAUAAACUCUACAGCUUCCUGGUCA